AUGAAAGGAGUGUCCAGCCGCUCGACCAUAGAGCACUAUGAAAGCCUUGUUUCCAGCAAACCAAGAAGCAAUCAAGAUUCCACGCCAACAUACAGGGCUCAUAAUGCCUAUCCUUUGACGUCUGGUUUCAGGAAAAGCGCAAAUGAGAGGGCAUUGGAGUAUACAGAACCUGGGAAUCCAUCUUCGUUGAUGGCUCUACCAGAGUGGGACCAUUCUUCAUGGCCCGCGGCCUACGUGACUAAGGGGGAUCGUGACCCUCGCGUUUCGGGAAUAUACACCAAAGAUGAGAUCCUCGAGUUGGCGGCUGCCUGCCGAAAGAAGAAGAGGUCGCCAGGGGAGGGUAGUCAGACGGUCAUUCAAGAGCUGGGUCGUUGA